GGAAAAGCGGCCCUUGGCUUAGGGAGGCGUGCGGGGCUGAGGAUGUGUGUCAGGAGGAGGCUUCUGCACACGAAACAUUAGGAGCUAUUUUCUGGCUUAGCUGCCGCUUCCCUUUUCCUUCUGCCAGCAGCUGCCCCUCCGCGCCGGCUGGGCUGGGGUAGAGGCAAGAUUGCUGCAAAUGCUUCAUUUAAAGGGGUGUUGAUGAGAGCAGGUUUCGGAGCCCACAGGACGAAGCUGCCGUCCCGAGGAGCCUCCCCAGCUGUGGAGCAGGGUCCUGUGCAGCUGGGCAGGGGGGACAGCCACAGCAAAACCGUGACGAGAAGGAUGCACCCCGUGGACAUCUGAAACCCAUGACCGCCGGAUUUUGGGGUGCCAAAGCUGGUUGAGACAGGGGUUUUCUCACCUGCCUGCGGGCAGCGGGGCUUAGCCACAGCCAUGGAGGGGGACGGGGCCAACGCCACCGUCUACGAGCUCGCCCUGCGGAACCGCUCCAACACCAGCAUGCAGUUCACCGGGGUGCAGCUCAUCCAGUCCUUCAAACCCCUCAUCAUCCCCUGCUACGCCCUGGUCGUCCUCGUCGGCAUCUUCGGCAACUACCUGCUCCUCUACGUCAUCUGCAAGACGAAGAAGAUGCACAACGUCACCAACUUCUUCAUCGGGAACCUGGCUUUCUCCGACAUGCUGAUGUGUGCCACGUGUGUGCCCUUCACCCUGGCCUACGCCUUCAACCCCCAGGGCUGGGUUUUCGGGAAGUUUUUGUGCUACUUCGUCUUCCUGAUGCAGCCCAUGACUGUCUACGUCUCUGUCUUCACGCUCACGGCCAUUGCGGUUGACAGGUACUACGCCACCGUGCACCCCCUGAAGAAGCGCAUCUCGGUCACCAGCUGCAUCUCUGUGGUGGGGGGCAUCUGGCUGCUCUCCUGCGGGCUGGUGGCCCCCGCCAUCGCCCACACGUACCACGUGGAGUUUCGGCAGGAGGGUUUCGCCAUCUGCGAGGAGUUCUGGAUGGAGAAGGAGACGCAGCGCCUGGCUUACGCCUACGGCACCCUGAUCGUCACCUACAUCCUGCCCCUCUCCGCCGUCUCCCUCUCCUACAUCUGCAUCUCGGUGAAGCUGAGGAACCGAGUGGUGCCUGGCCACCCCACGCAGAGCCAAGCCGAGUUCGACCGCCUGAGGAAGAGGAAGAUCUUCCGCCUCAUCGUGCUGGUGGUGGCAGCCUUUGGGGUCUGCUGGCUCCCCAUCCACGUCUUCAACAUCAUCCGUGACAUCGACAUCAAUCUCAUCAACAAGCACUACUUCCUCCUCAUCCAGCUGCUCUGCCACUGGUUCGCCAUGAGCUCCUCCUGCUGCAACCCCUUCCUCUACGCCUGGCUCCACGACCGCUUCCGCGGGGAGCUCCGGAAGAUGUUCACCUGCAAGAGGAAGACUAUCCCCGCCAAGAACUGCGGGGCUGCCGGCGGCGUGCUCUGAGGCCGGGGUCCCGCUCCCCGGACCCUCCACGGCCGUACGCUUCAUCCCACGCACGGCAGAGCGCUCCUCGCUGCCGAGGGGUUGGGGAAUGCCGGUCCUGCCCGCGGGACCGGAGGCAAACGCGGUUCUCCUGCCUGCCCAGGGGUUUGCAGCACUCGCUGCAGCAUCCUUCCCUACGCCUGCCCUGCGUCGGGGCGCUCAGCUCCCUGCCGGCAUGCCCUGAGCUCCCUUCGCCUCCAGGACGGCAGCUGUCAAGAGCAAAAAUGCAUUUGCUGCACCUUUUCCCUGCAAAGUCGCCCCAGCUGAGCCCGGCUGAGCGCCCGCGACCCCGCUAGCCCUGGCAAAACCCAUCCCUCCUCCCGCGAGGGUCCCGUAGGUGAACCCGCACCUCCCUGGGGGGCACGGGCUGUGCCCACGCAGGGCUGCCUUUUCCCCUCCCUGCUGCAGGCAGCCCCCCCAGGGCAGCAUGCAUGGCUCAAGGGCUGUCCCCGUCCCCAUCCCCAGGGCUGGCUGCUCCCCGGCAGGUCCUGCUCGGUGGGUCGCCCCGAGAUGCUGUGGUCCAAAAGGCUGGUGUAGCCUCACGAUGAGGCUGUCAGGCUGUGGAGGAGGCAAGGAGGGGGGACCAGAGCAUCGCCAGCA